AGCGCCUCGGUUUACUUGCUUUGUUUGUCGCGAGCUGUUUUGGCUUCAGACCGAGGAGGCGACGAGAGACGCUCAACUGAAAUAAAAACUCUUCCAGUUUCUCUGUGACCCGAGUUGGAAGCAGUCGUACUGCACAGUCGUUGGGUUAUAACUGUGUGACAACACUGACAGAGAUGCCGUCCGACAGACCCUUCAAACAAAGGAGGACAUUUGCUGACCGGUGCAAAGAGGUCCAGCAGAUCCGUGAUCAGCACCCCAACAAGAUCCCCGUGAUCAUCGAGAGAUACAAGGGAGAGAAGCAGCUGCCCGUUUUGGACAAGACCAAGUUCCUGGUACCUGACCACGUCAACAUGAGUGAGCUGGUCAAGAUCAUCCGGCGUCGGUUGCAGCUGAACCCCACGCAGGCCUUCUUCCUGCUGGUCAACCAGCACAGCAUGGUGUCAGUGUCCACGCCCAUCUCCGAGAUCUACGAGCAGGAGAGAGACGAGGACGGCUUCCUCUACAUGGUCUACGCCUCGCAAGAGACCUUCGGCUGCUAGGGAGGGGGAGGGGGAGGGAGAGCGGGACAUCUUCGGGUGCUGGGAGGACGGGGGGGAAAGGGAGGUGUAUGGUUUCAGAACCCACAAACUCCAUGAUCCUCUCCACUUUGUUGCAUUGCAGGCCCACGUAGCAGCACCCUGUCAGUCAGCGUACAUGUGACAGAAACCCCUUGUCCCUCUCUCUCUGUCGUAGUCGAGCACCCUCUUCAUAUCGGUCAGUAAGUACAACACUAGCUACAAAAGCCAGACGACAUCCUGUGUGUCCUUCCUGCCCUCAGAGUUAGAAUUCAAAAUUAUACCUGUGGUAGCUCUGAGUGUUUCUAGUUUCAUUUUCUCUCUUGUUCACACAGAUUGAAUUCUCUUAUUUUGAAAAGGUGGGGCAAACCAACCAAUGGCUUUGGAGUUUGGAAUUUGCGAGUAAAACGAGUAUUUUCAUCCUUAAAACUAUACGUAUAUAUGUAUCGAGACGAGCUAAACUUGAAACCUUGCAAGCCAGUCAGAGUUCAGGAUGUAAUUUGAAGCUCGGCUGCUGAAGUCACUGAUACUGCUUUGAGUUUAAACCCUCUGAUAUGUACGCAGGUGAAAACACAGCACAGCUAGGUUCAUAACUAUCCAGUAAUUUGCUGUCAGUCCAUAUUCUCGUCAUUGCAACAGCAGUAGCACAAGCUGAAAGAUAGAUUCGUAGUGAUUGCUGUUUUACCUUUUAACUUUUUUAACUCACAUUUUAGUUUUUUAAUUAAUGUCUUUUGUUUGAGAUAUUAGCUGUAGCUUAGUUUGUGUUUAUAUAGCUAGUUCUGUGUUUGUUUGAAUCAUACAUUUACCGUCAGCCUGAAGCUCAACUGGCCAACUCGCCACUGGCUACCGAGUAGCUGACAAUCAGGCUAAAAAAUGACUGUAUACACGAAGAUUUAAGAGCAUUUACAGUAAUUUUACAUGUGCAAUAUUUAUCCCCUCGCACCCUUGCAGGUUCCCACACCUUGAAAGACACAGCAACACUAAUCCACUCCCUCCCCUGUAAAGCUACUGUAAUGUACUAACUGCUCGGUCACAGAAGGGAAGUUAGCAUUAGCAACACUAGCCACACGCUGCUACAUCCUGUCGGGCAGAUCAACAGCAUGUUAACAGCCAUAAUUGACACACUGAAGUUAAUGUCCUUUUGCCCUGUAAGCACAAUACGACUGUAGUAUCACUACUCCCCUGUCUUCCUGCACAAGGCUCCCCCACUUUUAGCCACACGCACGUUUAAUGUCGCAAACAACCAAUCAGGUGAAGCAGAUUUAAAGGCCUAUCCGGUAGAUUUCAGGCAGUGGAAACACGAGGGAUGCACUUUGUUCCAACAGUCGGGAAGUUAAAUGCUUGCUUGCUUUUCAUGCUUUGUUUCUGGUGGAUUCUGUUUGAGUAAAACAAUAAAACCAUAAUUGUAAAAAUGGGAAUAUUUGGAGGCAAGCAAUUAUCUAGCUUGAAACUGACACUGUUGAAUGGCAUUGGUUAGGAAUAGCAGGACAGGAGGGGACGCUGUCUCCACAGAGGCAAACAAGGGGUCACAAGCAAUUACAUGGGGGUGAUUACGGGACGGGAUGGUUUUUUUUUUUUGUUUUGACACUCUGUGUGAUUUAUUGUUUCUGUUCCCUUUGGCAGGCUUGGCAGUGAAAUGCCAAUAAAAUUAUCCCAUUUUGUAUAUUGAGCAAAGCUGACGCGGCCUGCGCUUGGCAGGAGUAGAAGCUCGGAAGUAAUCAGAUCCCAGCGAUGCUUUUCGGCUAACUCGCGGUGAAAUGAGGCCCUGCUUUAACAUCAUUGGUCCGCUGCGAGGGCGACGCCGCCUCCUGUUGAGACAGCGUGUACGAACGCUGCGCGUGUCACGGUAGCAUAGAGUUGAGCAUUAGACAUAAUAAAAUGUAUUUAAUGUUUGAAAUGAAUGAGCUUCUUUUGCACAUAAAUUAAUACAAAUAUUAAAAAAAAGAGUUGGCAUAGAUUUUUUUUUUAGGGUUUAUUGUAUCUAUAUAAAAAUUAUCUCUUCUUUUUGUAUCUGCUCCCCUAUCUGUUCGUCUGUCUGCCUUUGUUUAAUAAGACUUUAUAGACAAAAAACGGUUGUGAUGCACUACAAACCUUGCAUGUUUUGACUUUUUUUUUUAAAUAAAUGUAUAUUGAUUUUACGCAAUAGAUAUAAUUGUAUUGUUUAAUUUAGCAAAAAAAAAAAAAAAAGUCUCUUUUAGAUGUUUCCCAAACCAAAAACUGAAAAUAAGUGUAUGUUUGAAACAAACAAAAAAAUGUGUGCGUAUAAACGAUCAUAUAAUCGAGCUGUAUUACAAAGUGUGUUUUUCUUUAGGCUUCCUGACAUCGUCACUGUUUGGAGGGGUGUACAUAGAUGCAUUGCUACAAACUUAUUCAAAGCAUUUGCCAAUAAAUAAAAAAAAGUUGCCUUUAAAA